UCUAAACACAUGGGAAGGUUUUGGAGGUGACGAGGGGUCUCGUAUUUUUCCCAGAUUAAUUUCUAGGAGUUUACAGAUUUAUACAGCAGAAGUGUUAAUCAACCAUCUCGAGCUAUACAACCUUUGUUGUCAUCAAACUCACGCGUGAAUUCUGAUUUGCUGCUCCAAUCGUGAACGAUUCAUUUAGCCGGUUUAGAAUAGAACAGGAAUCCUCCCUGGUGCGAGUGGCGGACAGACAGUCAUGCAGAUACACUGUUAGUAGGGCGACACCGAACUACCGGAUAACGAUGAGCGAUAUUUCAUGAUAAUCAACCAAUUAACAAAAUAAUAAAUAGGUAGCUAGGUAGGUAACGUGAACCGCGGUGUUUUCCGCAUUAAUGUAAAGAUGGCGAGAGUGCUCUAUAACUUGCUCAUGUUUACAAUCGGACUCACGCUGAGGAUCCGAGUUUUGGGGUAUUGGUCGUUGAUAUACGGUUAUUGUGCCCUUUGCACUGCCGUAGCGCUGCUGAAACUUUGGUGGAACAUAAUUUUAAGGCCGUCAACAACCUUCCAGUGGGGGAUUCGCGAAACACCCCCUGCAUGCCUGAACGACACGUCCUUGGGAACGCACUGUUAUGUUAGAAUAAAGGAGUCUGGUCUGAGGUUUCACUAUGUUGCUGCUGGAGAGCGAGGGAAACCACUCAUGCUGUUUUUGCAUGGCUUCCCAGAGUUCUGGUUUUCCUGGCGCCACCAGCUGCGUGAGUUUAAAAGUGAGUUCCGUGUGGUGGCCGUUGACUUGCGAGGCUACGGGGAGUCUGACUUGCCGCCAUCCACAGAGAGUUACCGCUUUGACUACCUGGUCACCGACGUCAAGGACAUUGUGGAAUACCUAGGUUACAACAGAUGUUACCUGGUCGGCCAUGAUUGGGGAGGAACCAUCGCUUGGCUGUUCGCCAUCCACUACCCCGAGAUGGUGACCAAACUCAUCGUCUUAAACUGCCCCCAUCCCUCUGUCUUCACCGAUUAUGCCCUGCGUCAUCCCAGCCAGCUGCUGAAAUCCAGCUACUUCUUCUUCUUCCAGCUGCCUCGCUUCCCAGAGCUCAUGCUCUCAAUCAAUGAUUUUAAGGCGCUGAAGGGCCUGUUCACCAGCCGUAGUACAGGGAUUGGGAGGAAGGGUCGGUGGCUCACUGCAGAGGACAUGGAGGCUUAUCUCUACGCCUUCUCCCAGCCAGGGGCCCUGACCGGGGCCCUCAACUACUACAGGAAUGUCUUCAGCUCCCUCCCACUGAGCCAGAAUGAUGUCAAGUCUCCAGUGUUGUUGUUGUGGGGUGAGAGGGAUGCCUUCCUGGAGCAGGAGAUGGCUGAGGCGUGCAGGGUCUACAUCCGGAACCACUUCCGACUCAACAUCAUCUCUGGAGCCAGCCACUGGCUACAGCAGGACCAGCCUGACAUCGUCAACACACUCAUUUGGACCUUCCUCAAAGAGGGAGAGGGGCGUAAAACGCACAGGAACUGAAUCUAGCUAGGUUUGCGUCCCAAAUGGCACUCUAUUCCCUUUAUAGUGUACUACUUUUGACCAGGGCCCGGGUCAAAAGUAGUGCACUAUAUAGGGGAAUAGGUUGCCAUUUGGGAUGUAAUCCUAGAACGAGGCCUCCUCCCUCUCUCCGUCACUCCCUCCCACCCUCUGUCCCCACCAGCCACUCCUACCACUGGAAGCCUAGAAUAUGCCUGUGAAAAACCAACCAACAUAACGAUAAUGCAAUCAUUCUUUAAAUCUUUACACAUUUCAGCUAUUUUUUAAGAUGUCAAAAGUGAAAGAGGAAAAAAAGCACAUUUUAUUGAGAGGACACUGAGUAGUACAGUAGUAUGUUUGACGCAUAUUAAAUACGUUUCUGCACAUGACAUCCGCCUUAAAGUUUGUAGGUUACAACAUUACAAAUGUGUGGCAAAAUCUCCUUGUGAGUUUGUAUUGUGUGGUGCCUUUUAAUGUAAUGUUGUAUAAUGUUUUGCAGCGCUGUAAAGUUGUGCCAUGUCUUCUGAGGUUGAGCUGUGGCAUUUGUCUGCUGUAUGUGUCACUGGAUUGCUCCUCUCACAAUCCUUUGGGAUCCCUCUUGUCCCACACCUUGUCUUCAUCCCAAAUGGCAGCCUAUUCCCUAUUUAGUGCACACUUGUACAGGGAACAGGGUGUCAUUUGGGACGAAGACCCUCUCUAUCAGGUAGUGUUGUCUUACUGAAAAUAUUAUUUUUGUAAAAAAAAAAAAAAUGUUUGUUCAGUUAUUUGAGAAUGUUGUUCAUUAUGAGAUUCCUGUAUAGAACAACAGUGACGGUUAAAUAUUGUACACUUUUUUUUUUGUUGUUGUAUCUAUUCCUUUCUCUGAAAUCCACUGAGCCAGGUCUGCACCAUUUUGUUUUUUAAGCAGCAAAUAAACUAUCAUGUGAA